AUGUCGUUCGUACUGACAGCCUUGGGAUGGCUCGGUGAGCACUUCAUCGGGAGCUUGGUCGAAAAGUUAGCAGAUUUUACGGUGCAGUUUGGGGCGGAGGAGGGGCUGCAAGAUGAUCUCAUCAAGCUAAAGACUUCCCUGCACCAGAUUCAGUUCACCAUCAUCCAAGCCGAGAAUAUCUGGAUCCAAGAUCAGGAGUGGAGAGGGAGAUUCAAUGAGUUGCUGAUCCAGCUCAAGGACGAGGCCUACGAUGCUGACCACUUACUGGACGAGUUCCACUUCCGAGUUCUGCAACAGCAGGCGGAGCAACGAGGAGACAAGGCAAGUCACCAAUCAUCUUCUUCUUCUAGUCUCCCUCCGAGGAAAAAGAGAAUACUUUCAUUGCUUGGUGGUGUUACCAUCGGCUUUUUCGGUAGAGAAAAUAAUGACGACGAUGUGAACAGAGUAAGGGAAAUCAAAGGGAGGUUAGAUAGACUUGCAGAUGCAUUCCGGAUCGUCAUGGCUUCGUUAGAUGCAGACGGCAGAAGAAUCAAACAGCUGGAAACAUCGGAGACUCGAAGAACAACUUCCGUUCCAAUUGCGACUCAAAUGUUCGGACGGGACAAAGAGCUGAAAGAACUCGUAGAACUGCUGUUGCAAUCGCCCCAUGGAUCCCCUGCUAGCAACCAUAGCGUCUCUGUCUUGGCAAUUGUCGGCAUCGGCGGGGUCGGAAAGACUACUCUUUCUCAGCUUGCAUGCAUCCACGAGAGCAUGGAGAAAUAUUUCAGACAUAUGAUUUGGGUGUGUGUAUCUGGCGACUUCAGCGUGGAAAGGAUUACCAAAGAGAUCGUCGAGUCUGCAACCCAGAGAAAGUGUGAUUCCAUGAAUUUUGACACCCUUCAAAAGAAUCUUAAGCGGUUGACAUCAGAUCGAUUUCUACUCGUCCUCGAUGACGUGCGCAAUGCGGAGAAACACAAAUGGGAGAGCUUGUGUGCGCCAUUGAGAUGGGGAGUAGCGGGCAGCAAGAUUUUGGUGACGACUCGCUCGACAAAGAUCGCAGACAUAGUCGGCGGCGAGCAACCGAUCCAUCUAAAAUGCCUGGACGAGGAGAGCUGCUGGGAAUUCUUCAAGAAGUGUGCAUUCGGAUCACAAAACCCCGGAGACCAUCCACAGCUGGAAGCCAUUGCCAAGAAGAUCGUUCGCAAGCUGGGCGGGUUGCCACUUGCAGCAAGAACGCUGGGGGCGCUGUUGAGUGAGAGGAUGGAAGAGCAGCAUUGGAGAAGCAUCAUGGAGUGUGAAAUCUGGGAACUACCACAAGACGAAGAUGAUGUCCUGCCAGUCCUCCAGAUAAGCUACCAAGGGCUUCAUCGAACCCCCAGGAAACAUGAGGAUGGAGGAUUUGGAAAGCUAACUUCUCUUCAAGAACUAACAGCAUUCAGUGUGCUGAAGGAUCAGGGGCACCAAAUCGCACAACUCAGCGGUUUGACGCAGCUCCACGGAACCCUUUGGAUUAGAAAUCUGGAGAACGUUGGGAGCAAAGAGGAAGCAAGAAAGGCUGGACUGAACAAUAAAGCUUACCUCGUUGAAUUAGAGCUCGAAUGGGUGUCUGACCAACACUCCAACUUGCAGAACAACCAGUUGCUUGUCUCUGAGGAGAUACUUGAAGGUCUGCAGCCACAUCAAGCUCUCAAAAGACUGGUAAUCAGAGGGUACAAUGGUGCCAGAUCUCCGAGUUGGCUGGAGGCAAAACUGCUACCCAACUUGGAAAUACUUACACUACAAAACUGUAAAAGAUGGAAUGAUUUUUCAUGCAUCGGACCGAUCCCGCGUCUCAAGGUCCUUCUCAUGGAGGGCAUGUCGGCAGAGAAAGUGACAGGCCAUGACUUCUUUGGUGCAACAGAACAGGGCAAGUGUUUCCCUAUGUUGGAAGAGCUUGUGUUCGGAGACAUGGCGGCAUUGGAAGAGUUGUCUUGGAACGAUGGCGGAGCAUUGUUUCCCUGCCUGAGUAAACUCGAAAUACAAGAAUGCGCCAAGCUUCAGAGGUUGUCUCCUCUUCCUCCUUCGCUUACAAAACUUCAGUUAGGACAAGUUGGGUCGACAGAAUUUACCGGACUAUGGGAAGGAAUCGAUGGAAGCAGCAUGAUUCCGGAGAGCAACCUACGAAAUAUCAAAACUAUUGACAUAUGGGGAUGUGAAGAACUAGUGUCGCUGCCGGUGAAGAGGUUUAGAGAACUCACCUCCCUCGAGAACCUGUCAAUACAAAGCUGCCCCGUGCUCAUGAGCAUGACACGAGAUGAGGACAUUGAACUACUGCUGCCGCCCUCAGUGAAGCAACUAGAUUUGAUCGACUGUGGGGAUCUCGGCAAAUCCCUGCCUGCCUGCCUGCACAACGUCACCUCGCUGACCAAAUUGGAGAUAGGUGGAUGUCCAUACUUGAUGUCUCUUCCAAGGGAGCAGAUGCUCCACCUGAAACAACUCCAAUGUCUGAGCAUCAAGCAUUGUGACGAGUUGACAUCUGUGGAGGGGCUACGAGUUCUCAACUCCCUCAGAUUUUUGACCAUCCUCAGAUGCCCCAAGCUUCUGGUGAACGAAGGGGACCGGCAAGGGGAGGUCUUGCCACUGGAGCAAUUAGAAGUCGACGACACUGCGCUGCUCAAACUGUGGCCCAUAAGAGAUGCGCUGCAGUCGGUCCGUCGUCUCGCAAUCAAAUCCUCACCACAAACGGCGAUGUUCGACGGGGAGGAGCAGGAGUUGCUCCGAAGCCUCACGGCUGUCAGAAACCUGCAAUUCUCCUGUUGCGGGAAUCUCCAAACCCUGCCGACAGAGUUGCAUACCAUUCCAUUCCUUCGGACGUUAUGGAUCGAAGAAUGUCCGGAGAUCCGAUCGCUGCCGGAGAAGGGGCUGCCCACGUCCCUCACGUAUCUACAAUUCGACAGUUGCCAUCCCAUGUUGACGGAGCAGCUGGAAAAGCAGGUGGCGGAGAUGAAGAGCUCAGGUCGAUGGUGGUAA